AUGAAAAAAAGAAAAGGAAAACAUGAAAAAGAAGCUUCAGAAUCUUCUGAAAAUGAUGAUUCUUCUUCAGAAUCAGUAAAUGAAGAGUUUUUGAAUGUCGAUUUUGAGUUUUUUAAUGUGCGUCAUACGGAUGUUUCUACGUUAAGAAAUUUGUUAAAACAAUUGAUCGGACCUGAAUCUGAAAGUUUUGAUAUUUCUGGAUUAUUAGAAUUGAUUUUAAGUCAAAAUCUUGUUGGAUCUGUAGUAAAAGUUGAUGGAAUACAAAGUGAUCCAUUUGCCUUUUUAACGGUUUUGAAUUUGAAUUAUCAUCGAGAAAAACCAUGUAUAAAGCAGAUUUUAUCAUAUAUUAUGUCUAUGAUGAGUUCUAAUAAGGAUUUUUGUGAGGCUUUGAAUGGUCUUUUGGAGAAAUCGGAUUUGCACACAGGUUUAAUCUUAUCAGAGCGUAUCGUUAAUAUGCCAACACAAAUUGUUCCUUCAAUGUAUGAAUUACUUUUUGAAGAAAUAGAUUGGGCUUUGGAAGAUAAAGAACCGUAUAAUUUUGGCCAUUAUAUUAUUUUAUCUAGAAGUUAUCGAGAGCAAGUAAAGAGAGGUUUUUUAAAAAAGAAACAAAAGAAAGAUAUGAAGACUGUAUAUUUUCACCCAGAAGACGAACUAUUUAAAAAAAAAUCAUUAUAUUCAAUGACAUAUAAAUACACUAAAUCUGAUGAGGGUUCUAAUUUUAGACAGGCUUUUCAGAACCCUGGAAUACAGCUUCAAGGUGAAAUAAUUGUAAUUUCAAAAAAUAAAUUGAAAGAAGCUAUUGCUGAUUUGAAGUCAAUUCUUACUGAAUGA